AUGCUCUGUGGGCCGACGGCACCGCAGUCGAGCUGUUGCAGAUUCGGGAAGACGAGCCCGGUGAAGGGAUACGCAGCAGUCCAGCUAUAUGAUCGAAUCGCUGUCGACACAUCAGGCGAACUCAAGAUGUGCUUCAGCAUGAUGCUCAACAGCGUGGAGGUCUCGCGCGUCCAUAGGCAAUCGUCAUCUACCACAACCUCAACGCGUCGGAUCAAUUGA